AUGAUUGUCUUUGCUGGACUUGCUGUAAAACUGAAAUGGCAGGGAGCAAAGUUUUUCUUCUCCUAUAAGAGAACGCGUUUCACGGUACAUUACAGUGCUACUUUGGUUGUAACAUGCAUUAAUUUUCCAUCACAAAGGGUUGAUAGAGGGCUUUUCAAGUGAAAGUAUAAAAAAACAAAGCCAAAUUAAUUACAGCGACAACCAGAAAAAUGAAAAAAAAAUUGCCAGAAGCUGAUCAAGACUUGAAUUAAAAACAGCCAGAAUGCUCAGAGGAUGGAACUAAAUGUGCACAAGCUAUCACACUGCAAUUGGUUGAAGUUUUACAUCUAAUUCGUUGAGAAGGUAGUAAAACUUUUAUGGACCAAUCGCCAAGUGAGUGAUUGUAAUCUUGGAUUGUUCUCAACACUUGAUUGAAAUUUCUCUAUCUGGACAAACUGGGUGUGGAUGUUUUAGUAAGAUAAUUAGCACCAUUAUUAUAAUUGUAAUUGGAAAGGAAGUGAGACUCAGAGGGAGUACUUAGUUUGAUAAAAAUGACAGGGAUUCUUACUAUCUAGAACCUCUUAAGUAUUAUAGAUCGAUAUGGGUCUGGCAAUAUGUCUUUUGGCUUGCUGAAAUACCAAUCCAACUUUAAAACAAUUCAAAUGUUUCACCUACUAUCAGGUUGUUAUUUGGUGCGUGGUAUUUGUAGAAGCCAUUGUGGUGCUGGUGAGAAGGGAGAAUCAUUUUCGAGUAACAAGAUCUCUGCGCCCACUCUUUCUUAUUGACACGCGUUACUGUUCUGGGGUGAGAAGGUGAGUCUCAUUCUGUAAGUUAAAAUUGAAGUUAAAAUUGUCACUGUGGUUUGUGUAAAUAAAUUUGUUGUUUAUUCUUCCAACCUCAGAGUAUUAACAGGAUCCAAAAAUCCUUCCUGGAAGAAUUUUCCCACCAAUUCGUGA